AACAUAUUGCUUAUCAAAUUCCCAAUUCCCAUCUCUCUCUCUCUCUCUCUAUCUCUCUCUCUCAUGGCAAACAAUGCAAGAAUGUUAGAGCCUCUCAUUGUUGGGAGAGUGAUUGGAGAUGUUCUUGAUUCCUUCUCUCCAACAGUAAAGAUGACUGUGACUUACAAUUCCAACAAGCAAGUCUGCAAUGGCCAUGAGUUCUACCCUUCCUCAAUAACCACUAAACCUAGGGUUGAAGUUCAUGGAGGUGAUAUGAGAUCUUUCUUUACAGUGGUUAUGACAGACCCAGAUGCUCCAGGCCCUAGUGACCCAUAUCUGAGAGAGCACCUCCACUGGAUAGUGACGGACAUCCCAGGAACAACUGAUGCUACCUUUGGAAGAGAAUUGGUGGGCUACGAGAUUCCAAAGCCUUACAUAGGAAUCCAUAGGUAUGUUUUUGUUCUCUUCAAACAGAAAGGUAGACAGACAGUCACUCCACCUUCUUCAAGGGACCAUUUCAGAACCAGAAAGUUUGCGGAGGAGAACAAUCUUGGGCUUCCUGUGGCUGCUGUUUUCUUCAAUGCCCAAAGGGAAACAGCUGCAAGAAGACGUUGAAUGAAGCAGACCAGAAAUGAAGACCUACUGCUACAAUCUAAGAUAAAAAUCAAUAGGGAGUUGCUAUAAUAAACCAGUGUGUUUGUCCGAAAAAAGCCUACCUAUGGGCUAUGGGCUAUAGCUAGAAUAAAAAUACAAGGAAAAAAAGUAUCUGUCUUAGCUAGUUUUAACCUUUUAGGGUUGUUCACUUGUUUGAAGUGUGGAUGGAAUAUAUGUAUUAUUGUUGUGUUGUUAAUGCAGCACUUUGUUCUGAGCU